CAAAAUCUGCAUAUUGAACAAGUGCAGCAUUUGAGCUAAGAAAGCUGUAUGUUUUCGACAUUGUACACGAUAUUCACAACUCGCAUUGCUUCGAACGCUAAGAAAUGCAUUUACCCAGCUUUUCAGCUCGGUCAAAUCGGGGGGUCCCGACAACGGGAAGAUGUUUCCCCGCUUACAGAACCCAGAACUGGGACACACAGCCGUAUCAGCACUGGCGCAUGCCAACAUGAGUUCAUAUAACCGCCAACCUCUGACAUCUCAGUCUCUCUCACCAACACCAAGGUCAAUCGACGGCAUCGAUUAUUGCCCUUCACUUACAAAUACAAAAAUUCCAAUACAUGAAUUCGCAAUGGAGCCCCUUCCCAUCACCUCCGCCAAGUUCAUCAGACGUCACGACCUCGACAACCUCCGCAGCUUCCUCAUAUUCUCCGUCAUAAUCCACCACACUACCAUAGCCUAUGGCGGCCACGGCCUCUGGCCCUUCCACUCUUCCUGCUUCCCUGCCACCGCGUCACCAGUGCUCCUCCCCUUCGAAGCGGUAGCCCAAAGCUGCGGUAUGGGCCUCUUCUUCUGGAUCUCAGGCCGCAUGUCCGCUCACUCCCUUUCUCGCUCACCACCCUUUCAAUUCGUGAGGAGGAAGGUGGUGAGAUUAGGCAUCCCAACGGUGGUCUACACGGUUCUUCUGAAUCCAUUGGUGUGGGGACUGGCUAUUAUGGUGAGGAAAUCGGAUGAGAAUGAGGUGGGAGAGGCUGAGGCGAACUGGAGGCAGUUGGUGGGGUAUUGGAGGGGAUUGAGAGGGGUUAAAGGGGUGGUUUGGUAUUGUGCUGUUUUAUUGAUUUUUGAUUGCGUUUCCGCGUUUUCAUUAUCCGUUUUCCGGUCUCGAAAGGCGAGGAUUGAGUUGAAGGAUGACGAGGAAAGAGAAAGGAGCAGUAGUUGGGCAGAAGUGAUUUACAGAUCUUUCAGGGCCUGGGGCUGGCUCCUCGUGGCUGCAAUCUCUUUUUUCGUUAGGAUCUGGUAUCCAGUCGGCAUCGUGCUUGAUCCAUUGUGUAUCCAGGUUGCCUAUUUACCGCAAUAUGUUUUUGCGUACACGAUGGGGGUUCUCUCUCUGGGGCAGGGAGAAGAGAGGUUCGCUGGGCCUUUUGAUCGUCCUCUCCCCUUCGCCCCGGAUAUUACUUCCACCUCGGCCCUGGGAACAGAAGUAAUUACACAGAGGAUCCAACCGAAGGCAAAAGAAAACCGCACAGCGAUCCCUCUACGUCGCGCAUUGGCAAUCUCCUUCCUUACGCUUCCCCUCUGCGGCAUCAUCCCAAAGCUCUGGGCCCGCUGCUCAGGGCACCCCCUCGAUCCCUCCUCCAACCCCACAGCAGGUGGCUUAAGCCCCUCAGCUCUCACCUACGCGUUCUGGAACGAAUUUUCGUUUAUCGUCCUUGGGCCGUCUGUCAUGUUUUACUUCCAAAAUCAUUACGAUCGACCUGCGACGAGCUGGUUGUGGCAACCGAGGUUCAGCUAUGGAAGUUAUUUGCUGCAUCCUUUGGUUAGUGUGGGUAUUGAGGUGGGUGUUGAUGGGUUAUUAUGUGGGGAGAACGGCUGGUGUGGAUCGAAUGCGGUGUGGUGGAGCCUAUUUGUAGGGCCACUUGUCUUCACGACCGUUGUGGGGUGUAUGAAUGCUAGUGUAGCAUUUGCGGUUGCGAGGGGCUUGGUAGGUUACGUGCCGGGGAUGAAGAAGAUUUUAUGAGAGUGUAUGAAUGGAAGAGAAAUUUUGCUACUAGACUCUAACGGGAAGAUUUUAGAGGCAACCCCAUCUCUUGAAGGGGUGAUGGCGGUGCAUGGGAUCUUGUGAUUGCAGAAGCGGCUUGGGCCUAGAGGGAGACCUGGAAUUGGAAAACAUUUUUUUCCACAAGGAAAGAAAGACAGAGUGACAAGGUUAAAGAAGAUAGUGGACCGACUCUGAUCUCGCC